GUUUUGGUGAAUAUUCAUGAUUUUUAGGCAAAAGUAAACAGACAUGAAUAAGGGAAAUCACCUACUAAAAUGAAGUCACAACCUAUAAAUUCCUAUGACCAGGCCUUCGAAAAUUUUUAAUGAUUUGCCCCCUUCAAUAUUUGAUCAGAAGAUUGUCAUGUGUUGGGCAGUUUGUGGUUAUAAAUAUUAGGAUCAUUGGAGUGUCCAAAGGAUGUUACAUUUUUGUAGAGUUACCUCCCCUGAUUUAAACCCCCUACCUUAUCAUGAAAUUAAACCCAUUAUUCUUAUUCUUAAGAAGUUAUUAUGUAUGAGUGAUGUCUGGGGAUAUUUAUUUCAAUAAUAUAUCGUGCCUCCAAUUAGUUUUAUGGAUCGUUUGUUAUUUCAUUGUAAUACGAAAACAAGUCUGUGAUCUUGUUUUCCAUAUUUCAAAAUGUCAGCCUCCAUGAAGUCUCAAUUAAAACUUUUGACAUUGACGAAAAACAGUAUCAACAGGUGUAAAACAUUUUUAAGACGCAACAGCAAUUCUUUAACUCCUCCAAAUUUACUUGAUCUUCAAGGACGAGGUAUCUUUCAACACAUCUACCCUGAGAAAAGUUUAAAUGAACUGUCAAAAAGACUUUCCGCACCUCAAUGUAUAUAUUGCGGUUUUGAUCCCACUGCUGACAGUUUACAUAUUGGAAAUCUAUUGGCUAUUAUAGCUCUCAUACAUGGUCAACGGUAUGGACACAAUGUUAUUGCCUUGGUUGGUGGAGCGACAGCUCAGGUUGGAGAUCCCAGUGGUAAGACAAAAGAUAGAAUACCUUUGGAUAUACAUGAUGUAGAGAGAAAUGUAGAAAAAAUAGGUGAAAAUUUACAAAGAAUAUUUAACAAUCAUAAGACCCUUCUUUGGGAGAACACACACAAAUCUCUACAUAAUGUCAGGAUAGAAAAUAAUAUACAUUGGUACAAAGAUAAGAAUGUUGUAGAUUUCUUGUCAAUUGUAGGAAGAAAGUUUAGAAUGGGACCAAUGUUAUCAAAACACAGUGUUCAAAGUCGUCUGAGCAGUGAAGAAGGAAUGAGUUUUACAGAAUUUACUUAUCAAAUAUUUCAGUCUUUUGAUUGGUUUCAACUCUAUCAAAAAUAUAAUUGUAGGAUUCAAAUAGGAGGAACAGAUCAGUUAGGAAAUAUACUAGCUGGCCAUGAUUUUAUAGAAAAACAGAUAGAUGACAGAGUUUUUGGACUGACCGUUCCACUAGUAACUACAACAGCUGGUAAUAAACUAGGUAAAACAGCUGGUAAUGCUGUGUGGUUAGAUCCUUUAAAAACAUCACAAUAUGAACUAUAUCAGUAUUUUUUAAAUGUGUCAGAUGAUGAAGUAGAGAAAUAUCUCAAACUAUUUACUUUUUUAUCUGAUGAUGAUAUUAUGAAUAUAUUGAAAAUACAAGAAAAUACACCUGAUCAAAGGCCAGCUCAGAAAAAAUUAGCAGAACAAGUUACCUUAUUAGUUCAUGGUGCCACAGGACUGCAAAUGGCCAAGAUAUGGACAGAGGCCUUAUUUCAGAAUUCUGUGGAAAAAUUAUCUCAGCUAAGUGAGGAUGAAUUGAAGUAUGCACCUGUAUCUUUAGUUACUGAACUACCAUUACAAGACGAUAUGACAGUUAAAGAUAUGUGUAUGAAAAUAAAAUGUUUCCGUGUGGAAGCUGAUGCAGUCAGAAUUAUAAAGAAUGGUGGUGUUUAUAUUAAUCACAGAAGAGUAACAGAAUCCAGUCUGUUAAAACAUGGAACUGAUAUUUUACCUAACAAACUAACACUCAUAAGAAUAGGGAAGAAAAAUUUUUACAUAGUAAAAUGGAUAUAAUCUACAAUGGUUGUUGAAUUUUCUAGAAUAAAUAGUGAUGAAAUAUCUCAUUUGUUUUUUAUAUGUUUUGAUGAAUGUUCAGGGUAGUUUUUGG